AUGGUCCGAACCGGCGGCGACUUCCGCGUCGCGAUAAACCACUUCCUCGACGCGGCGCGCUCCAGAAUCCAGAAUUCGUCUGACCGUCGCCUGGGAUUGCAACUCGCUGUCCAGUGGGUGAUCGAGGACCAGCAUCCGAUCUGGCCGCCGUGCUCAUUUGCGGCACAGUCGGUUCCUGCAGGAGGAGAGCCCAGCCGCGCACCAACCUCUUCUCCUCUCCUGCCGUCCACGCCCGGUCAGGAGGACAGGCCCGCGACAGGCGACCAGGCUGGCCGCCCUCCCGCAGGCCAGCCCUUCGACACCCGGUUCAGCUCGCCCUCCAUCUCUGCGGCGCCGUCCCCGUCUGCAGCACCAGAGACGGCCCUGUCACGCAGCGACCACGACACGUCGUCCAGUAUAAGCCCACAGGCUGACGACGCCAUAUUGCCGCGCCGCCCCUCGCCAAGCAACGGCCUCCUCCCGCAUCUGUCUGCCCCUCUCCGCUCUCUGUCCCCAACCGGCGCGCCUGCCGAGGCUCUCUCGCCUACUCCCGUAUGGGAAGACGAGUCGGACAGUCCGGCCGUCGUCGAACCGGACCUAAGCACUGCUGAUGUGGCUGGCAACCCUAGCAUAUCGCAGGCGCAUCCGCCUGCCGCCAGCGACAGGGAUCGGGACGCCAGCGCCACCCCCCGCAGCGCAGCCGAUUCAGACUCCUCACUGGACGCUGCACCCAACGCCUCCACAGCCGACAAAAGGGGCGAGGCGCAGUCUGAUGGGGAUGUGGACGACUCGUCCGACAGCAGCGGCGAUCGGGCCAGCCGUCCUUCGUCCGAGCAUGGCGAACUGUCUGCCGACGCUGAACCCGACAUCGAAGUCGUCGACGUUGCUUCCGAGGACGGCCCCGAUGCCCCCGACUCCACGCCCUUGACGGGCGCCGCCGGCGUGGACGCCGUCAUCAGCUCGGCCGAAGACGAGGCCACUUGGGCCGCCACGUGCACGUUUUUCGGCCACUACGUCGACCGGCAAUCCAUUGCGCCGGAAGAUUGCCUCCGGCUGCCAGGGACGGCCGAGAGCCUUCGACCUACCCAGCUAUACGAUGUCUUCACUACCCUCCAGACUGUGCGUGACGGCAGACUCGAACUCGGUUCCAUCCUGGCCCAUGAGAUGGGCGUCGGCAAGACGCUUUUGUACGAAGCCAUUAUCGCCGUCCGCCGCCUUGCCGUCCUCAGCGCGGCACACCUGGCCGCUUUCCCUGAGCGCCAUCGGUCCGACCACGACCGCUGUGGCCUGUCGGGGCGCCCCUUCGGCAUCGCCUGCGCCUGUGAGAUGGACAGCCUGACGGCCGCCAUUGCCGACAUCGUCGGGGCCGGCGCUACAAUGCUUCUUGUCCCGGCCAAUCUCCGGGACGAAGCCUUCAGGAAGGCGCAACAUUACCUCUUCGCUCGCGUUACCUUCCCGAGCCUGGGCCCUCUCGGGGCGCCGUGGGUUCAGCCGUUUGUCCGGCCUGUUGUCUUCUGCCCAGAGAAGCCGGACGCCGAACUCCUAUCGAUCGCUCGGGCCGAGCUUGUCGACCUCAAGCAAGGGAAGCCACUCCGGGGUAGUACCCCCUUUACCAAGCUCCGUACGGGCGACGAUGCUGCGAAGAUGCUUGCCGAUGGCGACGCAACCUAUAAACUUGGCCUGCCACACUCCGCCGCCACGCCGCCGUCAUCUAUUGUGGCCAUCUUCAGCAGAGAGACGUACACCAACCAAAAGAGUUGGUUUGAUAGGCAUACCGCCGUCAUCCGCCUUCGCAUAAACAACAGCGCCAACACAGUCCGGGUCCAAGUGCCUGGCGUGUUCUACUUCGGUCUUGUCGUGUGGGACGAGUGCCACAAAGUCCGCCAAGUCGGGACGCAAUUAUUCGAGAGACUACGCCACUCGUUCGCCCGCCAGUCGCAGCGCCCCAUGCUUGUCGCCGCCACCGGCAGCCCAGUCACCAGCAACCUUGGAGAUCUCACCCUUCCCCUUUCCCUUCUCCGGGGUACUACGGACGACCAUGCCACCAAAGCACUGCGCAAGGAGCUACAGGCCUUGGACAGUCAACUCCAGGUCCCCGCAACCAGGGAGGCUGCUAUUAUCAAAGGCGGCAGCCUCCUGCGCGGCAUACAGAGGAGGACCAGCAACAGCACGUUCUUCGGGCACCCGAUCACGUCGAAGGGCAGGUGCGAGACCGAGACCCUCGAUUGUCCAGUCGACCCGCUUUACGCGGACGCCAUCGCCAAGAGUGGCCGCUCCGCCGGACGUUCGAUGCUCGAGGCGCUCGGCUACGAUGAGGGUCAGAGCAGCCAAGCGACACCCCCAAACGGCGGGAAGUCGAAGACCAAGAAGCUCCUGCCUCAACUCCUCAACCUCAGCACCAACACCGACAUCCGCCAGUUAGAGCUUGCCCUGCACUUCCCCGGCCUCACCAAGGCCUGGGCCGCGCUUGACGCUCAGCAGCCCAAGUCCGCGCUGCACAAGCCGCCCUCCAUCCCGACCACGGUGGAAGAGCUCAGCCCCUUUUUGAAGAAGGCUGUCCCGGGGACAAACGGCAUGCCUGCCACCUACGCGCACGAGGCAUCUGUGCCGCCGGAGAUCCGCCGACACCUAGACGACAUCCUGUCGCAUUCGUCCCGGCUCAACCGCCUCCGCACCAUCUGCCACACCGCAAGCAAGGACAGGCAAGUGUACCCGGCUGACGGCCGGUCCUGGCACGAGUUUGCUGGCCCCAAAAACGUUCUCGUCUUCUGCCGAUGGCCCCUGCUUGCCUUCCUCGUCCAGUUGUGGUUCGAGACAAGGAUGUCGCAGGACCGAGUCUGCUCCGCCCUCCUCCACAGCGGCCUAUCCGAGAACGAGAGGGAGAAGUUGUACAAGUGGUUCCGGACCUUCCACUCCGACGCCGGCGGCAACGCCAAGGCGCCUAAGACCGUCACCAAGGUCCUGGUCUCGACAUACGCCCUGGCCGGCACCGGCCUGGACGAGUUGAAGGUCGCCAACUACUGCGUCCACUUCGGCCCGGUGCGCGACAACAACGACCAGGCCCAGGCAUCUGGCCGAGUCGAUCGCUCCGGCCAGCCUCUAGUAUCCUACGUGUACUGUCUCCAGUCCUCGGAGCAGCCGCUCGACCAGCUGACGGUCCGCAUCCGGGACAACCGCAACAACCUCUUCGGGAACAACGGGCUGCUUGCGGCGAUUGUGUCGCUUGCUGCAAGACAGAAUGCUGCGUCGCACGCCGCAAGCACUUAG